AUGGCACCUGCUGCGUCCGCCGAUCACGACAUGGACGUCGACAUGAUCCAUGAUGAAGAGGAUGACCAGGGAGAGCGCCUCAUUAAUGAAGAGUACAAAACAUGGAAGAAGAACAGUCCUUUUCUUACGGCACUCACUUGGCCCACCCUCACAGUCCAGUGGUUCCCCGAUGUCAAGGAGCCCGAGGGCAAGAACUACAAAAUUCACCGCCUCCUGCUUGGCACACACACCUCUGAUGAGAGCCCCAACUAUCUUCAGAUCGCCGACGUUCAGAUUCCAAAAGUAGUGGCGCCUAACCCCGACGACUAUGAUGAGGAACGAGGCGAGAUUGGUGGCUAUGGCAAGUCUGGUGAUGUCGCAGCUAUCAAGUGCGAUAUCGUUCAGAGAAUCGAGCAUCCUGGAGAAGUGAACAAGGCUCGAUAUCAACCACAGAACCCCGAUAUCCUUGCGACUCUUUGCGUCGAUGGAAAGAUCCUCAUCUUUGACCGAACGAAGCACCCUCUUGACCCUACCUCAACUGGAAAGGUCAAUGCCCAAAUUGAACUGGUCGGACACGAGGCUGAGGGUUUUGGUCUGAACUGGAACCCUCACGAGGAAGGCUGCUUGGCAUCAGGCAGUGAGGAUACUACGAUGCGUCUCUGGGACUUGAAGACCCUGAAGGCCGACUCGAGAAUUCUCAACCCUUCUCGCACCUACAGGCACCAUACACAGAUUGUCAACGAUGUUCAAUACCACCCAAUCUCAAAGAACUUUAUCGGUUCCGUGUCCGACGAUCAGACACUUCAAAUUGUGGAUAUACGACACAGUGAGACCAACAAGGCAGCAGUUGUCGCUAAGCGCGGCCACCUUGACGCAAUCAACGCUCUGGCUUUCAAUCCCAACUCGGAAGUGCUCGUGGCUACUGCUUCGGCUGACAAGACAAUCGGCAUCUGGGAUCUCAGAAAUGUUAAGGAGAAGGUGCACACUCUGGAGGGCCACAACGAUGCCGUCACAUCUCUAGCAUGGCACCCUACUGAAGCCGGUAUCCUGGGGAGUGCCAGUUAUGACCGAAGAAUCAUCUUCUGGGACCUUUCAAGGGUUGGCGAGGAGCAAUUGCCCGAUGACCAGGAUGAUGGCCCCCCUGAAUUGCUAUUCAUGCACGGUGGCCACACAAACCAUCUUGCUGAUUUCAGCUGGAACCCCAAUGAACCCUGGCUCGUGGCAAGUGCUGCGGAAGACAAUCUGUUGCAGAUCUGGAAGGUGGCCGAGUCUAUUGUGGGUAAGGACGACGGCGACUUGCCUGUCGAUGAGCUCGACCGAUAG